CAUUCCCACCCCGCAGAAAUAUUGGUGGUCCGGUGCUACUGUGAGUCCAGUUGUUUUCACGCUAGCACAAAGGAGUGGAGGAUAGCUGCGAGAGAUGAGCAAAUAAAAAGACGAAUAAGUCACUUUGAAGACGAGCAAGGACAAAGAGUUUUAAGGGUUUUAAGACGCGUUUUUGGACUUGCCUGAUUGAGCACAAAUAGAGAACAUGGUGUCGGCUGGACUGGAGAUUCUGGGACUGUCGUUGUGCGUCAUCGGCUCCCUCUUGGUGAUGGUUGCCUGCGGGCUGCCCAUGUGGAAGGUGACCGCCUUCAUCGAGGCCAACAUCGUGGUGGCUCAGACCAUGUGGGACGGCCUGUGGAUGUCGUGCGUGGUGCAGAGCACUGGUCAAAUGCAAUGCAAGGUGCACGACUCGGUGCUCGCCCUCAGCCACGACCUACAGGCGGCCCGGGCGCUCACCAUCAUCUCGUCGGUGAUGGGCGUUCUGGGGCUCAUGGUGGUCAUCGCGGGGGCGCAGUGCACCAACUGUAUCCGCAACGAGUACGUCAAAGCCCGGGUGGUGAACGCAGGAGGGGUUAUCUACAUCAUCAGCGGCAUCUUCGUGCUGGUGCCCCUCUGUUGGAUGGCCAACAACAUCAUCUCGGACUUCUACAACCCGCAGGUGCCCGCCUCCAAGAAGAGGGAGAUCGGAGCCGCACUCUACAUCGGCUGGGCGGCCACCGCGCUGCUGCUGAUUGGGGGGGCUUUGCUGUGCUGUUCCUGCCCCUCCAGCGGGAAUUCUGGAUAUUCGGUGAAAUACGCACCCACCACCAAGCGAGCCACGCAAAACGGGGAGUAUGAUAAACGGAAUUAUGUUUAGACUUUUUGGUCCCAACACAAACUUUUUUUGUUUUUUCCCCCCCCAAAUAAGUUGGACAUUUUAUUUUUCCUAUCUUCAGGACUUUUGUGGACACAUCGCCGACAAGGAGUAUCUUUGUUAGGUACAUGCUUUUGUAAGUUUUCAUUAUUUUUAUUUUUUUUGUAGAGGAACUCUCACCAUUGACUACUGUUGCUUUGCCAAGUUGUAGAGUAACAGAAAAAGAGUGCACGCCUCCUCCAUAACGGUCGUGGGGACAUACAAACAUGUCUAAUACACUUUUGUAUAUUUCCAUGUGCUGGGAUUAAUGGCAUUCCAUGUGAAGUUUGCCAUCUAAUUCUGGACCUGACCGGAAUGUUUAUGCCCAUUAUUAAGAGCACCUGCUGGCUUCAUGAUGGCUACAGGAAGUCUCAUUUCAUUUUGUCAAGUUCCUGGAAUUGUUUUCUUGUCUUGUUGUUUGAUGUAGUGAUUCCCUAUCCAUGUAUACGAAGAUGCAAUAUUGUUUUCCUUUUUUUAUAUUAAGAUUAAACUCAACUAUAUUGUCUGGA